GAAAGAAGAAGAAUAUUGAAUUAUAAAACAGCUGCUUUUAUUUAUUGUGUUUUUAUUAUUAUGUAUUUUAACAUUCUCACCUAUUCUUAAUAAAUUGAUUGUGAAAUAUCAUUAAAAUAUAAUAUGUCAAAAGGCGGUGACAAUCUACAAAAUACCACUGAAACCGGCUCAAUUUUGAAAGACUCUUGGUCUAUCCGUCCUUGUUCUGCGUAUAAAGACGAAUAUGAUGAUUGCACAAGUAUAAAAGCACGUUUCCAUCAGUAUUUUAUAUAUGGGGAAAGCCUUGAUUGUUCACAGUGGAAGAAAGAUUACGAUAAUUGUGAGCGUUACAUAAAUUCCAAUGGGAACGAUGUAACAGCCGGAGAGGCAGUAGUUUGCAGCGAAGCGGAGCGUCGACAAAAACGCAUGGAAGCGUAUUACGGUAAUACAACAUGGAAAAAACGAGCUCAUCCUCCGGAAGACUGGUCAAAACCUUUACCAGAGUGGUUGGCUAAGAAAAACGAGAACACAUUUUUGGAGUUGAAACAAAUGGAAUUGGAUGGGCGCAAACCAGUUGAAGAGAUAGAGAAAUCCUAUUGUGCCAUAAUGUAGUUAAAAAGUCAGCAACUCUCAAAUGCUAAUAUAUUUUAUUUUUAUAAUUUGAAUAAAAUAUAUAACAAAUAGAUGAAAAAUUUUUAUUGAAAUGUAUCACAUUAUAGUCAGUUGGGGUGCUAAAGUAACUGCCAACUUCUAAAUAAAUAGCAAAUGAGAAAACAUA